CCCACAGCUAAAAAAACAGUAAAACAGUGCCUUAUGUUGCAUUAGACAAGAAGAGUAUUAGUAUAGUUCAAUGUGUAUUAUCAGUGAACUAAAGACUCAAUGCUCAAAUGAAGAGAAUGGAAACAUAUAAGUUUAACAAUGGAGGGAAAGGCUUGGUUGGCUUCAUCCUUCUGCUGUUGGCAAAACAACUUCAAGGGCAAGGUCCCAUCUGUGAUAAUGAGAUUAGAGUGUCUCGGAACACUGUGGUUCAAGCACUUAUCAUGGAGAAUCUGAUGAUCACCUGUGAUGUCACAUUCUGUACUGACCCACCACAAGUCACAUGGUGUAAACUGGACGAACACAUCUGCAAUCCUGUGAUCCAAACCACUCACAUCCAAACCCAGUGGAAAUCCUUAACAAGUAACUCUGGAAUUUCAGUUCUGACAUUUUCUGAAGUUUCUAUGGAUGAUGCUGGACUGUACAGGUGUACAAUGCCCAGUAUGGUGAGCCAUUCCAUUGCUGUCAUAGUCAAUGAUAUUACAUGUAAAACAGAGGUUUCUCUGUCUGAUGACUGUUGGUGGAGAGCUCCCAUCUCUGUCUCUGUCACUGUGUCCUGUGGGGUGAGCUUCAGGGUUGAGCCCAGAAUGUCCUGGUGCAGGGAAGAUGGGGAUACAUGUUUACCCCUAAAGAGUCAGUCCAGACACACCCUCACCUGGAAUCAUACAGGUCCAGGGACAGGUGUGUCCUACCUGACCCUCCACAACAUCACCCUGUCUGACUCAGGAUACUACCAUUGUUACGUCUCUCUCCCUGACUACUGUGGUCCAAACACCAGAAUCAGCCGGCCUCUGAAGCUUAAUGUAACCAGAAGUGGUGAAGUGUUUGAACACUGUGGAGAAGAUGAUCAUCCUGUCAUCCUGGACAGUCUCAAUUUCGUCGAUGACUUCACCAUCCUGUUUAUGAUUGCCACCUUGGUUGUCAUGACGCUGAUCCUGUGUUGGUUUCUGAAAGCCAGAGGGAAAUGUAGUCCUCCAGAGGGGAAUGAAGUGGAGCUUCCCAGAGUGGAGCCUGAGCAGAACAUACCACCUGACACUGAGAGGGGUGCAGAAGACCCUGAUGAGGUUUAUGAUGACUGUGUGUGAUAUACUGAAGAUAUACUGCAUUGCAUUGGGUUUAUGCUAUAGCAGACCAUUCAUUCAUUUGUUCUGUUUUGUUUCAAUGUCAAUGUCUUGUUUUGAACUUUAAUGUAUUUUUUACAUAAUUUUGUUGAAUUAAAAACUAAAUGUGUACUACCAUUGAAAAGUACCAUCUCAGAGACAUUAUCAUGAUUCGGCCUGUUGAAACCUCUCCAUGUUAGUUUUCAUCAAUUGUAUUAUAGCCAAAGUAGUUUAUAGGAUGAGUCUAAAUCACAUGUCAAACUCAUUCCACAGAGGGCCGAGAGUUUGCGGGUUUUCACUCCUCCCUUGUACUUGAUUGAUGAAUUAAGGUCACUGAUUACUAAGGAACUCCCCUAACCUGGUUGUCCAGGUCUUAAAGGGCAAUUCCUCCACUUUUCAACCUCAUAUUUAUUACCUCCAGCACCAUACCAGUCCACAUCACCAACGAACUAUCAU